UAAACCCUACUCUGAAGUUGAGCGAGGAAAAGCUUUUACUGAUCAGCAAUGGCGAUAAUCUCUGAUUUCCACGAGGAGGAGAAGAAUGAGUCUCAGGCCAAAGCAUCGCCUUCGUCUUCGUGUCCCCAACCCUCGGCUUUUAGCGCUAAAUUUGAUCCGUCGAAUCCAAUAGAUUUUCUGGAGAAGGUAUUCGACUUCGUCGCCCAAGAAAGUGAAUUUCUUGGGAAUGAGGCUGCUGAGAAGGAGAUCGCAUCGAUGGUGCGAGCUGCAAAAGAGAAGAAGAAGAAGAAGAGAGAAGAGCAGAGGGCCUCCGAGGAGAGGUUGAAAGCUGAGAAAAGAUUGAAGGAAGAGAAGGUUGAAGCAAAACAAGAGAAGGAUGAAAAACGGGAGGAUGAGAAAGAAGGAAAUGGUUUGAGAGUUCCUAACAAAGGUAAUGGCUUGGAUCUGGAGAAAUAUUCUUGGACUCAGACCCUCCAGGAGAUCAAUGUAAUUGUUCCAGUGCCAAAUGGAACCAAAUCAAGGUUUGUUGUGUGUGAGAUAAAGAAGAACCACCUUAAAGUUGGACUCAAGGGGCAGCCUCCAAUUAUUGAUGGGGAGCUACAUAGCGCUGUCAAGCCUGAUGAUUGCUAUUGGAGCAUAGAGGAUCAAAAUGCUGUUUCUAUACUUUUGACCAAGCAUGAUCAAAUGAACUGGUGGAAGUGUCUGGUAAAAGGUGACCCUGAAAUUGACACACAAAAAGUUGAACCUGAAAACAGCAAAUUGUCUGACCUCGAUCCAGAGACACGACAGACUGUUGAAAAGAUGAUGUUUGAUCAGAGGCAGAAGUCUAUGGGCCUCCCAACCAGUGAUGAGCUCCAAAAACAGGAAAUAUUAAAGAAAUUUAUGGCGGAGCAUCCGGAGAUGGACUUCUCAAGGGCUAAAAUUUCAUAAGUGUCGUACCGCUCUUGGCAUGCUUUGCGGCCUGGUGUCUUGCAUGCUAGCUGCUACUUUGUGGUCCCUGGGUUGCUGUCUUCUGUGCUGUCUGGAGAUGCUCUUUUGGGUAUAGGGAGAUGAAACUGUGUUCAUAUAUUUUUUGAAUGUUUAGAGGGCCAAUAUCAAACGUUGCCUUUUUAAUGGAUUUACUGUAGGAUUAUUUUGUCCGGUUAUUUCUUCUAUAUGCUGUGUGGUCUAUCGUUGGAUAUUAAAAUUUAGGUUUAAGGGGGACGCAUGUUCGCAACUCUAUUUUGUAGACUUGAGGAAUUGCGGAUCAAUUUAAUUAUAAAUAGGCCUGCUAAGUGUGUUUUGGUGCA